AGCUUUCAGGGGCGGAGGCGGCGGCAGAGGAGAGCGCGAUCGGCGAGGGCGGUGAGGCAGCGAGCAGGCAGCCCGAGGCCCGGCGGGGCUGCUGCACCCGGUGCGGGCUGCGCGGCGCCGCGCUGCUCUCGGCUUGGACGGCCUCUCCCAUGCGCUGAGGGUGCCCGGCUGGGCCGGGCCGGCGGCGGAUCGGGAGGCUCCUCUCGAUGGUCCAGAAGAGCGGCAUGUCCCGGGGCCCUUACCCACCCUCCCAGGAGAUCCCCAUGGAGGUCUUCGACCCCAGCCCACAGGGCAAAUACAGCAAGAGGAAAGGGCGGUUCAAAAGAUCAGAUGGGAGUACAUCCUCGGAUACAACAUCCAACAGCUUUGUCCGCCAGGGCUCAGCAGAGUCCUACACCAGCCGCCCAUCAGACUCUGACGUGUCUUUGGAGGAGGACCGGGAAGCCUUAAGGAAAGAGGCAGAGCGCCAGGCCUUAGCUCAGCUUGAGAAAGCCAAGACUAAGCCAGUGGCUUUUGCUGUGCGGACAAAUGUUGGCUACAAUCCGUCUCCAGGGGAUGAGGUGCCUGUGCAGGGAGUGGCCAUCACCUUUGAGCCCAAGGACUUCCUGCACAUCAAGGAGAAAUACAAUAAUGACUGGUGGAUUGGGCGGCUGGUGAAAGAGGGCUGCGAGGUUGGCUUCAUCCCUAGCCCUGUCAAACUGGACAGCCUGCGCCUGCUGCACGAACAGACGCUGCGCCAGAACCGACUUAGCUCCAGCAAGUCAGGUGACAACUCCACUUCCAGUCUGGGAGAUGUGGUGACUGGUACCCGCCGCCCCACACCCCCUGCCAGUGGUAACGAAAUGACUAACUUAGCCUUUGAGCUAGACCCCCUAGAGUUAGAGGAUGAAGAAGCAGAGCUAGGGGAACAGAGUGGCUCUGCUAAGACUAGUGUGAGCAGUGUGACCACUCCGCCACCCCACAGCAAGCGCAUCCCCUUCUUUAAGAAGACAGAGCAUGUGCCCCCCUAUGACGUGGUGCCUUCCAUGAGGCCCAUCAUCCUGGUGGGACCGUCGCUCAAGGGCUAUGAGGUAACAGACAUGAUGCAGAAAGCUUUAUUUGACUUCCUGAAGCAUCGGUUUGAUGGCAGGAUUUCUAUCACUCGAGUGACAGCAGACAUUUCCCUGGCCAAACGUUCAGUCCUCAAUAACCCCAGCAAACACAUCAUCAUUGAGCGCUCCAACACACGCUCCAGCUUGGCUGAGGUGCAGAGUGAGAUUGAGAGAAUCUUUGAGCUGGCCCGGACCCUGCAGCUGGUUGCUCUGGAUGCUGACACCAUCAACCACCCAGCCCAGCUCUCCAAGACCUCGCUGGCCCCUAUCAUUGUUUACAUCAAGAUAACUUCUCCCAAGGUACUGCAGAGGCUCAUCAAAUCCCGAGGGAAGUCUCAAUCCAAGCACCUCAAUGUCCAAAUAGCAGCCUCAGAGAAGCUGGCACAGUGUCCCCCUGAAAUGUUUGACAUAAUAUUGGACGAGAACCAAUUGGAAGAUGCCUGCGAGCACCUGGCCGAGUACCUGGAAGCCUAUUGGAAGGCCACACACCCGCCCAGCAGCACGCCACCCAAUCCGCUGCUGAACCGCACGAUGGCUAGUGCAGCCUUGGCUGCCAGCCCUGCCCCCGUCUCCAACCUCCAGGGACCCUACCUUGCUUCCGGGGACCAGCCACUGGACCGGGCCACCGGGGAGCACGCCAGCGUGCACGAGUACCCUGGGGAGCUGGGCCAGCCCCCGGGCCUUUACCCCAGCAACCACCCACCUGGCCGGGCAGGCACCCUACGGGCACUGUCCCGCCAAGACACGUUUGAUGCUGAUACCCCCGGCAGCCGAAACUCUGCCUACACGGAGCCGGGAGACUCGUGUGUGGACAUGGAAACUGACCCCUCCGAGGGGCCAGGGCCAGGAGAUCCUGCAGGGGGAGGCACUCCACCAGCCCGGCAGGGCUCCUGGGAGGACGAGGAAGACUAUGAGGAGGAGCUGACUGACAACCGAAAUCGGGGUCGGAAUAAGGCCCGCUACUGCACGGAGGGUGGAGGGCCAGUUCUGGGGCGCAACAAGAAUGAGCUGGAGGGCUGGGGGCAAGGCGUCUACAUCCGCUGAGAGGCAGGGCAGCACAGGGAGAGGAAGGGCUCUGAGCCUGGGGAGGGGAAGGCAGAGAGGCUCACCACCGGAGAUGUGUCUUGUCUCCAGGGGCGCUGUCCCCCUCCUUUUCAGAUGCCUUUGCUUAAAGGAUUGGUUUCUUUGGUGGUUAUCCCAGCUACUGGGAGCCCCUUCAUCCCCUGUAGGUUUCCCCCUCCCUACCUGCUAAGGGUGGAUGGGGUAUACUUAUUUUCUGAAGUGCUCCCUUACCCCAUCUUAGGGGGCUCUCUCCCUCCCAGAGAAAAGGUGCACUUCCUUAACUCUUUCUACUCGGAGCUAUGUAAGAGAAGGUCCUAAAUGGGGUGGGUGUGGGGCUUCUUUUACUAAACUGGGGUAUUUGGGAAAGGUUGGGUGCUUUUCUUGGAAAGAGAAGCCACUGAAUCUUCCCCAAACCCCAGGCCCAGGUUCCCCAACAUGCCUACCCUCACCCCUCAAACCCAACUUCCUAGCAGCAUUCUCUGGUGGGUGAAAAACCACAGCUUGGAAAUCCAUAUGAAGCUUGUCCUGGAGAGCAGGGCAGGGUGGAAACUGACAGGCAUCAGAUUUGCAUCCUCUGCCCUCCGAGUGUGGGGUCAUGGUAAAUGCCCCAGGUCUGAACCUUGAGGAUUGAGCAACUCAAAACGCUGCUCUCACCCCCAUGCCUCAGCUAUCACCUCCCCCAGGAAUGAGCUUUGUCUACAGCACUCCCUGCCUGCUGCCAUCAGAAGAGGGGCCCUCUGCAUCUGAGCCCCCCAUCUCCUUUUCACCUGGAUGUGGAGAUGGUGAACACUCUGGUCCACCUCAUUCUAAACCAAAAAACUGCUCCUUCACCUUCAUCCUAAGGCCCCAGGGGAGAGGCCCUGUGGGUUGGUGCCCAAGAGGUGACCACCAUCCAGGGACUGCCUGAGGACCUUGGAUCUCCCCUAGGGGUCUUGGCUGCUGCUGCUUCUCUGUAUUGCCUCUUGUGAUCCUGUCCUUCACUAGUGUCCACUUUUCCCAGGAGAGGCCUUGGUAGCCCCUCUCCCCUGGGGUACCCUCAGCCUCAGCAUCCCUAUAGCCCAGCAGCCCUGCCCUUCCCCAGCAUCACAGCUGGGCCAGAGAGAGCCGAUUGUGCCAACGAGGACUGGGCCCUGCCUGGCUGCCCACCUCAGGGAUGGGCACUGGCACCUCAAGCCUGUCUCGCCACCUCCUGUGCCAAUGUUGUCCCACCCCCACUGGGGGGGGGUGCAGCUUCCAUUUACUGGUUAGAAGACACCACUGCCCAACCUUUCCCUCUCUGUCUGGUGUCCUGUGCCCAUCUGUCUGUCUACUUGUCUGUACUCCUCUAGGAGAAAUAUUUUGCCACAUAUAAAACCAUCGUCCUGUC